GAUGACAGAUAAAAUUCUUAAUUGGCUUCUGGAAGAAUUUGAAUUAAAAGGUUUACAUAUUAAGCAAGUAUCCAGAAAAGACGGGGAUAAGACUUUCUCCAUACACGUUGGGGCUCAUUCUAAUACCCUUUUGAGGUCGGCAGAGUUAAUGCAAAUUAAAAAAAGGCUGAAAGAUGGUUCUGUUAGGGUACUAAAUUAUUCUCAUCUUAGCGAGUUUGAGGGUGGAGAGGAUAGAGAUAGCUUGUUAACCAUGUCUGAAAAACAACAAAUAAUACUUCAUGAGAUCCAGAGCGUUCGUGCGAAAGAUAAAAUAAAGAUAGAGAGUUUAGGCUUAAAAAAACUCCUCUACGAAGGACAAGCAGUAGUCCCUCUGCUAGUGAAUAAAGGUUAUGUCAGAAAGAUAUUCCCAUUGCACGAUAGAGAGGAAUUAAAGAGGCUAGGAACGGAUUGGUACAAAACAUUCAUCAAAAAACAGCCGAUAGAGGCAAUAAGGAAUUACUUCGGAGAAACUAUAGCCUUGUAUUUCUCAUUUUUGGGCUUUUACACUUACGCACUUAUACCUCCUGCUGCACUUGGCGUUAUCUCUUAUUUCUUCCCAGCUAAUUGGUUGUAUACAACUGUCUUUUUUAGUGCCUUUAAUUUGAUCUGGUGUACCUUCUUUCUGGAAUUGUGGAAAAGAUAUUGUUCUAAAUUAACCUAUGAGUGGGGUACUUACGGUACAGAGCGUUUAGAAGAAGCUCGACCGGAAUACUAUGGAAAAUUGGGUAUUAAUAAAAUAACUAAUAGGAUAGAACCAAAAUAUCCAAAAUAUAAGAGACUAUUUAGAUUUUAUGGCGUGUCAGUUCCAAUAGUAUUCCUAUGUUUAGUAAUAGCCUUUUACGCUAUGCUCUUCUAUUUUUGGAUGCAAGAUUGGGCGGAUGGUUAUUACAUGAAUGACAAAGGAAUAAUUGGCUUACUAGUAGUGAACGUACCUAGUGCCAUAUACGCCAUUCUUAUUGCAAUUAUGAAUGCCUUAUAUAGAAUUUUAGCCAAGAAAUUAAACGAUUGGGGUAAGACACACUUGGCAACAUUGCUGAUAGUAUCACAAAUUAUAGGACAAGCUCAAGAAACGCUGCUACCGUAUAUUCUCUAUAAAAGGAGGAAAAUAGCUAUUAAAAAAGUUCAAGAUAAAGCUGCUACAGGAGAUGAGUAUCAAUUCAAAGAGGCUGUUAAUCAGGCUGAUAUUGAGAAAGAUAAAGAUCUUUAUAUAGAUACAGAGCAAAUGAAAGAAGCACAAAUUCAAGAUGCAAUGGAUGAGGACGAUGGUACCAUGAAUGAUUACUUGGAAAUGUAUUUACAAUUUGGGUACGUUUUCCUCUUCUCGGCUGUGUUUCCAACGGCUGCCGUUUGGGCGUUUAUAAACAAUUUGACAGAGAUUCGAUCCGAUGCCUUCAAGCUUUGCCGCAUUAUGCAGAGACCUUUCUCCAUACCAGCGGCAAAUUUGGGAGCUUGGCAAAUAGCUUUUGAAAUUUUGAGUUUACUUGCUGUUUUAACAAACACUGCUCUAAUUGGGUUAUCACCACCUGUUCAUGACAAAUUAGUCCCUAAAUAUGGGGAGGCUUAUAUAAUAUUUGCGUUCGUACUACUAGAACACGUCAUCUUGGGAAUUAAAGCGGUAGUUUCUUUCUGUAUUCCGGAUGCACCGAAGGAAGUACUCUUCGCGAUUGCAAAAACUAAUUAUGAACAUAGAUUAGCGUGGCAGGAUGAACGUAAAAGUAAGAGUUCACAUAUAGAGUGA